AUGCAUCGUGAACGAAAACGAGAACCCCAUCGCUCGAUCUCCGAAACACACGCAGAGUCACUCGAUGUGGAGCUACCACAGUGGGAGGCGCAUGGUCCUUCCUCUCAAGGUAUAUCGCUCACGCAGGUCCCAACAACCAUGUUCAACGACAAUGAUGAGUCCGCGGUCGCUGGUUUACUGGCAUUGGGCACAAGCACGAGCACCCAAGAGGCAAUGGCACCAAGCAUGACCUUUUCCGAGUUUGCGAUCUCCCCGCCAAUUAAAGAACCAUCCAUCACUCAAGCAAUGACUCCAGCUCGAAAUUUGGAUUUCCCCAUGGGAUUUUCCCCAGGUCGCGUUGCCAAUGCAACGUCUGCAACUCUUGCAAUCUCAUCUACUCAUACAUUGGAGCUGCUUCGCCAUUACCGUUAUGAGGUUGCACCGUGGCUUGACAUCUGUGACCUCGGCCAAUUAUUCGGGAUUCAAGGCUUGCAGCUAGCAAUGGUCUCCCAGCCGGUCUGGUAUUCCGUCCUAGCACUAUCGGAGGCGUCGAUGAAUUUGCUACGACCACUCUCGUCUUUGGUCAUCACAGACAAAACCCCAGGAGCUCCUGCGACUCCGGAGACGCAAUUAGACAUCACGACAUUGGCAUUCCUCCGUGCGAUAGAUGAAUCCAAGAAUUGCAUAUUGAAUUUCCAGGCAACAUGGUCUCCUCGGAGGGUUUGUGACCGGGAGCUAUUGGAUUCUCUGGGGCCACAGACCAUACGCCGUGAUCUCAAUUCGGCCAUUUACUGGUUGUUUGUUCGACUUGCUGCUCUGGCCACCGAUACCGAUAUCCAGGUUCCCCUACUUCCAACAUUGCCGUACUUGACAAGUAGAGACCUGGGAACUGACCCGUUUGAACAUGUUUUCUGCUUCGCCAAUCGCCCACUUUGGCUGUGUGCAAAAGCAGUGCAAUUCAUGCACAAUGAUGAUCCAUCGCCGCAGAAUCCUCCGCUGCGCGUGUGGAUGGAUCUCAUGGAGGAGCUCGAACAAUGGUAUCAAGAACGACCGCAAGGAUUUCAAGCCAUGAUAGAGAUCGAACUCGAAGACCAGGCCACCGGGAUGGGUCAGGGGUUCCCGGUCGUUCUCUUUGCUCAUGGUUCGGGGGUAUUUAGCAAUCAGCUAUAUCAUACAGCCAUGCUGUUAUUGCUGCAUAAUCGGCCACGCACCGCGCCGACAACCGGUUAUCAUCCAACGACCAUGUCACCCCUUUGGCAUGCCCAACGAAUUUGCAGUAUGGCUGUAAACAAUGAGCGUCGGGAGUGUUGGGAUCCAGUUCUUCUAGCUUCAUUUCUCACAGCGGCUCGUCGGAUGACUCACGAGUCGCAGCAACAAGAAAUUUUGCGUGGCUUUGAGCGCAUUCGAAGAGUCACUGGAUGGGAUGCAAGUAACUUCCUGCACAGCCUCCAGGGGGAGUGGGGGUUUCUGGAGUCGUAA